UGUGGCCGGUAGCAUCGACAUCGAUCGAUCGGCAAGAGGGCUAACGGAGUCCAAGAAUCAGUUUAGACUCCUAUCAACCAGCUAGAAAUUUCCAAAAAAGAAAAAAACAUUAUUGAUCCACAGCUGGCUAUUCCAAAUCAAUCAAUAGUGGCGGACCAAUUAUAUAUGGUCAACCCCCUCGCCAUUGCCUGCAAGCAAGGUAUCUGUCUCCCCGUUUUAUGGCUUGUUGAUCAGGCCGUCUUCGCUCGCUGACCACCACCGCCUCGCUCGUCGAGCAUAUAGCCAUGCCAUGGCAAGCACAGGCUCAGAGGGAUAGAUAGGUCCAGUGCAAGCGCGCAGGCAUCGUCAUCCAGGGAGGGUGGUGGCCCGUGGUCCACAUCGAUGCGAUGCCGGUUCACGUUGCGCUCCUCGCCGUGCCGGCGGUGGCCGCUGGGUUCCUGCAGGCGUUCCAGUUCGCGUUCCUGCUGUGGCCCUUCAACCUGGCGCUGCCGCUGGCGCGCCACCUGCCGCACGCGUGCAUCGCGUUCCGCGGGGUCGCGUCCUUGUACGGAGCCGAGCUGCGGCGGUACGCGGGCGCCGCCGCCCGGGCCGCCGUGCCCGUGCUGCAGCCGCCGAGCCACCACCGGUACGCCUCGCUCCGCGCCGUGCAGCAGCGGGCGCACGGGGAUGCCGUCGUCGCGCACGCCAUGGUCGCGCUCGUCGACAUCUCCUACUGAUGCCGGCCGCUUGCAUCGCGACUCCGGGCGCACUUCCGGGCGAUUCCUCAGCCUUUUAGCAUGCCGUCCCGAGUGUAAAUAAAACAAUAUAUACCUGUUCUUCCUCCCUACCUUCGUCAGCUGAGGUGUCUAGUUUGUUUCUUCACCAUGGACCUGUGGCGAGCUUCAGUGUGUACAAGACCGGAAUUCGAGUUGCUUGAUGUGCCUCCUGUUGAAGUCGUGACUACUAGUACUAGUAUCUUGAAC